CGUCCUCAGCACAGAAAUCUUCACUGCAUUCCAGACCUAUUUUCGAGUAACAUCUGUAAGCCACCACGCUAUUCAUUCAAUGUUUUUUAUACCUUGUGCUAAUAACUCACCGAGACAUAGCACACUCCAGGAUGCAUUUCUCAACUGCCUCGGUGCUCGCUACACUGAUCUCUGCGGCUGCCGCUGCCAAGCAGAUGCAGAUCAACUACUACAGUGAUACCAAGUGCAAGUCUUAUGCUGGCCAGGUCGAUGUCACUUGGGCUCAGAGUCUACGGUCGGGCAAGACUAACUGUUACAAUUUUCAUUACGGCACGGCUAUGAACAUCGCGCAGUGCCAAGCUCCGGGGUGCUUCUGCAACCUUUACAAGGGGAAAAACUGCGACAAUUACAUGGAUCAGAUGUGGUACGGGGACCAGUUUGGUUGUCGCCCUUGGGCUGAUCAGGUGCAAUCUUUUGCAUGCUACUAUAAUGCUUGA